UGGUCCUGAGUACGUGGGCUGGUCCUGCCUCGCUGUACUGAUGGUGCACAGCCAUCUGCCUGCCACACUUCAAGACCAGCAGCCUCUCAAGUUGUCCCGUAGCACCUGGAGCUUCCCUGGUCUAGGUGCCCUGCGCUGCCUCUGUGAAACCCAACACCAAACUUCUCUUUGCCUUUGGUGGAAGGGCCAAAUCAAAGUUGCUAUUCCCUACCCGUGGUAAGACCUGCCCUUGCAGGCCCUGAGAUGAAUGUUUUGGGGACUCCUGGGCCCCUUGUGAAGCCAGACAACUCCUCCAUGGAGCUGCCAGCACUCCGGGGAGCCCUGGCAGGGGCUGUAGUACAGUGUGUGCCAGGCAAGGAGCUGUGCCUCUGCUCUGGGCAGAGCUUCUGCAGCUGUGAGGCUCACCGAGAAAUAAGCUUUUCUGUGCAGCAGGGCACAGGCAGACAGGGGAGAGGGUGGGACACAAACCAGCAGAGUUCAUGUGGGAGCCAGCGGUAGGAAAAAUAGUCUGCAACGGCUGCUGCAGCCAGAGCCCCACUUGCAAAGCAUUGCCAUCUUUAUGGGGACAAACACGCGGGAUACAGGUGAUCCUUUCCUGCCCCUGGCCUGAGCCAAGCAUGUUUCCCAGUGGGAAAAGGUGAAAUAAACUGGUUGGACUGGAAGUAGAUGUCUGGCGGCGCAUGCUGUUGCUUUAAGAGCAAUCUCACAUGCAUGGUUGUUGGCUGCCUCGCUGCUCGCAACCCCUCUUCCUCCAACCUCGCAGCCCAGAUGAGGAUUUCUCAGCAGAGGAAAAAUUCUCCUUGGCUCCCCUCCCCCUCACCUCCGCCCUCUCUAAUGCCCAGGGCCCUUCACUUCCAUAAUUCUUCAUUUUCCAGCCUUGAACGUAAGCCAGACACAUCUGUCUGGCCAUAUGCGUGAACUCUGCAGUGUGUGCCGAGGUGGUUGUAAAACAGGGCUGCUGAAGGCCCUACUGGGAGAGCGUGCACAUGUGUACCCUCCGGCUACUGGCGCCAGGCCCAGAACCACUGCGCUUCGCUUUUCCAAACCCACCCCAACCUUUCAGAUUUUGCCUUUUUUCUUCUUUUUCUUUUUUUUUUUUUCUUUUCAUUUGAAUUUUUGAGCAAUUCCUAUCAAGGCGAAGGUAGAAGCUGCCACCCCCGCAAGCGAGUCCAUUAUUGUUGGCAGGUACCUGGGUCACGAUAAUGCAAGGAGGAAGAAAGCAGCAGCGAACGAGUGAGAGAUUGGAGAGAUGGGCUGUAAAUUAAAGCGGCCUGAAGCCUUCCAGCCUCCCAGGGUUGUUAAGCGGGAGGUGUAAGUAAAUUCCCCACUUCCCACUGCCUUGUACAGACGCAGCAAACAGGAACUGCACAUGUUCGGGGAGGGCAGCGCACAGCGGAUCCCGGCCCCGGCGAGGAGCCCAGCUGCAGCAGGGCCCCCCUGGGAUGGCCGCUGCCCAUUCUGCGGGGAGAGUGGGGGCUGCCUGAUGUUGUCGGGGGCUUUCUGCCCCCGACGUGCUCCUCCCUUCCUCCCCAGCCGAUGCUCGCAGGCGGAGAGAGGUCAAAAUGAGGGUGUGGGCAGCUUCAGGGGCUGCGCAGCUGAGAGCUGAGGUGCAGUUGGAUUCUGAAGGCGCAGGGUGGAGGAGAAGUCCUUGGGGCUUCAGUAAAGUCAUCCAGCCCAUAGCUAGCUGGGAACAGCCCCGAGCAGAACAUGUGUGCUUGCCCCGGUCCUCUCCCUGCCCUGGCACUGACCACAUGGCUGGAGCCAGAGGAGCGGAGGAGCUCGGGUGGAAAACGCUGCUUGGGGAGACCAGGUCAGAGCCAGCGCGGCCUCCACCCCCUCCACUUUCCCCCUCUUGGCCUGUGGUCCUCGACCUUUCUGAUCUUCUCAGGAGAUCUGGUAUUUCCCAGGACUCGGAGAUCUUCUGUCUUCCCUGUCACAGCCUGUUUCUGUUUCUUUUGUUCACUGCUCACCUAUGGAGAUCAUGCGUUGGCUCCUUUCUGAGUCCUCCCUUCGUUAUCCUGGGGACAAGCCACAGCUCCAUGUAUUUAUCUGAGUCCAGCAGAUGUGACUCCUGUCUCAGCAUGGCUGAGAGCCUCAGCUCUCCACUCUGUGGCUGUGCCCGCAUGGCGGGGAACCCGGCGAGCCGAGGUGCCACCUCUGCCUCCUGUGAUGCUGUGUGUAGGGAUGCAGAGUGCAGGGCAAAGCUUUGCCACCCCUUUUCCUUCUGUGCCCCAGGGGAGCGCGGUAUUAUGGCCUCACCUGGGCUUGUGAAGUUGUGCUUCUCACAGCUCAAUUCACUGCCUUCUCCCCAUCCCGUUUUCCUGCAUUAUCCCUGCCUUUGCCAUGUUCCCCACCUCUUGCAGCCCAACUCUGCUGCUGGUGGAGAUGAUCUAACCGAUGCCUGUCCCAGGUUCACUGCUGCUGCUUGCCUGCCCCACGGGUCCUUUUUUUAUCUCCCAGCCACAGUGCUGGGUUGACAUUUAUACCUCAAGGAGAAUUUGGGCUUCACUGUGCUCCUUCGGUCCCUGCCCUGCCUGGGUGGGUGCAGGACAGCAGCUCAAGCACAGGUCCAGGCAGGGCAAAUGGCAAAUGGGUGGCUACAAGGAGAACAAGAGAGCUCAGCUCUGUUCCCCUACAUGAGCUGGACCCCAGAGCCAUUAUACUGAGGUGGGGGCAAAUUGGCCAGAGUGGAUUAAGUGGCAACCUGUUCCUGGUUGGCCCUAGUGGUGAGGAUGCUGCCCCGGUUGUGAAGAGCAGCCCUGGUUGCAAAGAGGCUGCUCAGGUUGUGAGGAGCAGCUCUGGUUGUGAGGGGGCAGCCCAGGUCAUGAGGAGCAGCCCAGGUUGUGAGGAGGCAGGGCUGGUUGCAAGGAGCAGCUCUGGUUGAGAGAAGGGCAGCCCAGGUCAUGAGGAGCAGCCCUUUGCUGCCUGGCUCUGGGUGGUGGGUUGGCUGCUGCUCCUGGCUGUGUUGCCAGCCUGCCUCUGCCCUCACUGCUCUCCCAGUGUCCCGUGUCACAGGCUGGUGACAGCAACGAUGCGUCAGGAUGAAGUGAAAGACCAGGUGCCACCCAGAUAUUUGGAGGGGCGAGAGGCCGGGCAGGUAGGUGGACAAGAGGAGGUUAUGGUGGCGCUGCUGGAGCAGGCAGCGUUCCUACCGCGUGUCCCCAGCGCUUGGCCAAGCGCUUGGUCCAUGCUGUUCAACGUCCCCUGUCCUUUGUGCCGCCGCUGUGCGCUGGGAGCGGUCGAAUUUCCUGACCGGUUGAAAACAUCCCACCUGAAACAUAACAGGCUCUUCCUCUGGAUGCUGCUAUUGUUUUGCUUAGCAUUACAGAAGCUGCUUAACCGGGACGUCCAAUUAUGACAUGUCUUCCCAAAAUAGCCGCUCUCCUGUCCCUUCUGAGCCCACGGAACGGCCGCCCCCUUAAGAUGCAGCCGCUCCUUUGUGGCGGUAGUGUGAGUAAGUGGCUAAAUAUAGCCGUAUCCCAUUCACGCUCUCUUCGGUGCGCGGGAACAAUGCCGCGGGUGCACACGCGCCGACACGCACCUGCCUGGGAGCGGGUGCCUGCUGGCUGCGGAAGGCGCACACCCACCCACGGCGGCUCCGCCACGGCGGCGGCCCCACUUUGCUACCAGGCACGGGGCACGUUUACUCCUGAGGAAGACGCUGGAGACGAACCUUGGGAGGAGGAAACUCAGGAGCAGAGACUAGAGAGGCAUUGUUCUCAGCCCUGGAAAAUCCACCUCCGAUCCCUGCGGAGCACGUGGGGUUGGAUGGGGCAGCAGCGCUGGGUUUCCCCACGGUCGGAGAGCGGGUUGGGGCAGCAGAGGUGGUGGCAGAAUGGUGACGGCAGAGCGAUGCGACCCUGUACGACCCAUCCCAAAGGCAGCAGGGCGCUCGUAUCUGCUGGGCUUCAGCUCCGGGCCUCAGCCACCGCAGGGAGAAGAGCUUGGGGUCCAUGUGCGGAGCCCCAGGGGUCAAUGUGGAGCCCCUUCCUAUUCUGUGCUUGUGGUGGAGACCCUCAGGUCCCCUCUCUGGCACUGGCCUGGCUCUCAGGGGUUCAGGUCCUCACUGGAAGCCCUGGGCUGGGCAGCAGCUUCCGGGGAAUCCCCCAGGUGAUCCCGGCUGAUGGAUGAGCUGGGAAUUUGGGACUGUGUGUGCAGGAGCGCCUGAUCUCAGUGCUGCCACCAGCUGGGGCAGCCGAGGGAGCCACCUCUGGCUCCAGCCCAGCUCCAGGGAGAAGCCCCCAUGGCCAGAGCUGGGCUGGGCAGGGGGGCUGUGGGUGGGCGCCGCGCUGGCAGCCACAGCCUGCGGGUGCAGAAGGCAGGAGAGCAGGUGCUGCCUGGCCCCAGCGGGAGCAGAGAGCCCCUCACCUCAGAGGUCACGUCCAGCACUGUGGGGUCACUGCCAUAGUUAACCCCCGUGGGACACAGCUGAAAUCCGGCCAUCCUGAACCACUUGGGCUGAGGCUAGGCUGUGCCUCUCCCCAGCAUCUCCUCCAAACCCCACCUCCUAGAGGCCACCUGGACCACAAUCUUCCCAUCCUCCCAUUGGGGAAACUGAGGCAUGGUGGGACCAGCAACUCGUUCCCAUCUGCAGUGGUGGUGCAGAAGCUGGACCCAGACACAAGCAUCCCAAUCCACAUCCCCAAGCCCCUCUAUCCUCCCCAUGGGGCCGUGCCCCACGCAUCAGUAGAAGGGUUAACGCAGCGCUCGCCUGCCGGUUCCCCGCACAUGGGCUCCCUUUCAUCUCUGGCGCAAGGCCAGGCAGCGUCCGCAUGAAUCAUAGGCCACUCCUCUCCCCCCCGAAACCCCUUGGCCGGAGGCUUCUGCAGCCUUUUACUCACACAAACAAAAAUAAAUCUCGCUGCCGGCCUCUGAACUCUGCAAAGGCGAGUUUCCCUCUGGCUCCCCGAGCGGCCCGGAGCUGUGCGCGGGGACUUGGCACGCUCCCUGCCGACCUCGCUCUUUCACUCCCGGCGCAUCCUGUGUCCUUCUCUCACCGGGCGGCCCAGCGAGCGGAAUGGGACGUGACGGCCGGCACAGGCGUCGCUCGUGGCUGCCAGGAAUCGGCUGGGUACGGCCCGCGAAAGCCACGGGGGCGAAUGCCACACACGAGGGUAUUGCUCCCCGCAUCCCCGUGCCCCACAGCUGGAGGGGUAGGUGAGCGUCCCACUCGCGCCACACUCCUGAGGUCGCCUAUGCAGAUUGGGGUGAGACCUGGGGUUGGGGAGCCACGUUGGGGUGCAGGCGGGGACCCUCUCCUGCCACCGGUCCUUGCUCGUGUACCAUCGUCAUCACCCAUCAGAGGCUGUGUGGUUUCAACUCCCUUUCCUGCAAGUUUGGGGCCGUUGACCUCUUUGGCCACUGCACAGAAGUUGUGGGUCAUCGUGUUGGCCAACAGGGCCCUUCUCCAUCUCCCCAUGACAGGUGGAGAUUGGUGGAGCUCAGCGGGGCCUGGUGUCUCUCAGCAUCUCCUCCCAUACCCCCAAACCCUGGGGAGAAACGCAGCAGUGCAGUGCCAGCGUUGACUCCACAUUGUCCCUCCGGCUCUUCUUGUGCCACCACGAGUGCCAGCACCUCCCUGAGUGAAGGCAGAGUGCAGGCAGGGAGGGCAUCUGAUGCUUAUCCAGCCAUGGCAGCAUCUGAAGAGGGAUGCUGGUUCCACUGUAGUGUGAUGGGGGACGUAUGUCCUCGCCCUGUCGUGUCAGCUCAGCGCUGCCAUGCAGCAGACAGGACCCGGCACGCUCCCCGUUCUGCCCAUCUCCCCUGGGAUCAAUGGGAGCUGCAGCCCCAGGAGGCGGGUGGGAAGCACGUGGUGAGGUUAUGGUUGCUGCCUUGCCUGGAGAUGCUUGUGGGAGGUGGCAGCAUCAAGCCGCCUUGAUUUAAAGCCAGAUGACAACACUUGGAAGUGGAUUAAAAACCACUUCUUUCCAUGGCCACUGCUGGCCCGUGCGGCUCGUCGUUCUAGGGCACAUUGGAAGGUUCGGAGCCACACCCCAGGCAGCAAGAGCUUCUCGUAACGUUGAGCAGAACAGGGCUGGUGGUCACCACCUGUCCCCAGGGCAUGCCUUGUGGGUGUGAGCCCGCUGUCACAAGAGUUUGUAUGGUAGAUGUGUUCCACAGCAGCGCUGCUGAGCUCCGUGGGUGACCAGUUCCUAUUAGAGGCAACAAACAUCAGCGAGUCCAGGGAAGCUAUUUUUAAGCAGAGGAAGCACUAGAAUAGCAUCCUGAGUUUUUUAAGCCUGUGACUUACUGAAGAACCCAAGUCCUUCCAUAGCGUCUAAAGGAACGUGAGCUUUUGGGUCCCGUUUUGGCAGCUGGUGUUGUCCAGAGGUCCAGGUGCAACCCCAUAGCGUUGCUAGUAAAACCCAACAGACCUUUACCAUGUAUGUGUGAGCAUCUCCAGUGUCCAGUGGGUGUGAAGGGCUCAGCUGAGGACAGUGCUGUGGGUUUUCAGGGCUGGAGCCCACCUGGUUUCCCAGCUGGGCAUAGUUGGAAAAGGCAAGGCACAAGCAGGAGCUGGUGGGGCAGUGAGAGAGAGACUCAGCCAAACAUCCCCACGGCACGGGCGUCCCUUCUGGCGGCCUGCUCUGGGUCCCUGGUUAGGAUGCUGUUGAGUGUUGAGUGUCCCAGACUGGUUUGUUUUGGCUGUUGCCACCUUGAGCUGUUCCCAUCUGGAGCCCCAGAAGCCCCUUCCUCCAGCUCCUUUUUUUCCCUGCUGUUUUCUGUUGGGUUGGUCUCAUGGCACCUGUGUAGAUUCUGCUGGCAGUGGCCAGUCCCAAAUAUGGGAUGAUUCCCAAAAGACCUCCAUUGUCAAGGCUGGUCCCAGUUCUUCCCAGAGCCUGAACAGAGCUGGUUUCCUAGGCAAGAACUCUCUUGGAGGCUUUCGCCAUCCCACUCAAAGGGUGAGAUGUGGACCCACAAGAGUUGGUGUUUGAGGGGGAAUGGCUGCAGCCUCCUGCUGGUCUCCUUCACACGAUGCCCUUGCUGUGGGAGGCGUGCAUGCGAGCCAGGGUUGUUUUCUGCUCUCAAGGUCCACAUGUCACAGGGCUGAUGUCCUACUCAUAUGUGCCCUUCUC